UACCAUCCAACACCGAAUCAAAAUUAUGGACACACUUAUAUUGGUAUCGAUCAUGGUCCUAAUGCUCUUUGCUAGGUCUGGAUCUGCACGUGCCGCCACACUUAUCGUAUCCAACGAGAUGCAAACACUUCCAAAUGUUCCCGUUUUCGUCACGUGCCGCCCAACCCCUGAACUGUCCAAAUCCGUACCUUUGGGUCAAAAGAUUAUGAUAGAGAUCCCAAGCAUUGCCGGCGAUAAUGAAAAAGUGGCGGGAUCUAGACAGUUAUCACAUACGCUAUGUGUAGGAACGUUUUACAAUAAGAAAAGUUCCGCAGCUUACGGGAUGUGGUUCGUUUUGUACGAUUCAUCAGACAAAGAUCACUGCAAAGACUCGUGUUCCAUUUUUGCCAAAGACUAUGGAUUUUAUAGUUGGAACAAUAACAAGAAAACCUUCGAUCUCAUCCCUCCAAGGUUUUGGAUUAACUAGUUAAUCUUUUAUUUCCGUUUAACGUUAUACUUCCAGAUUCGAACUAUAUAAAUUUGUGAUAUUUGACUACAAUUCAAACCCAAUUUAUAACAUUUGAUAA